AUGGCUCGUUUGCUGUCACAAACCGGCAGAUUCCUUCUCCGUCGCUUCUCCGAACCACCACCGGCGGUGAUUGUGGCCUCGAGUCGCGUCUGCUUCCACCGAUACUAUUCGUCGAAGUCUCUUUCUCUCGUGUCUCCACUUGGCUCGCUACGUUCCUCUCGUUUCAGUCCUCCAGCUUUCUCUUCUCCGGCAACGGCUACAACUGUGGAAGUUUGUUCUAUGGAGCAUGAAGUUGUGAUUGCUUUGGGAAGUAACAUUGGAAACAGGAUGGAUAAUUUCAGAGAGGCUUUACGAUUGAUGAAGCGUAGUGGCAUUUGUGUAACGAGGCACAGUUGUUUGUACGAAACUGCGCCUGUUCAUGUGACUGACCAACCAAGGUUUCUCAAUGCUGCAGUGAGAGGUGUCACCAAGCUUGGACCUCAUGAGCUAUUGACUGCUCUCAAGAAAAUUGAAAGAGACAUGGGACGUGAGGAUGGUAUACGGUAUGGACCAAGACCACUUGACUUGGAUAUAUUGUUCUACGGUAAGCUGAGAGUAAGUUCUGAUAAGCUGAUCAUACCACAUGAGAGACUCUGGGAAAGGUCAUUUGUAUUGGCACCUUUGGUAGAUUUGCUUGGAUCAGCUGUUGAUAAUGAUACGGUUGCACAUUGGCAUUCGCUCGCUAUACAACCCGGUGGAAUUUUCCAAGCGUGGGAGAGACUGGGUGGCGAAUCACUGAUCGGACAAGAUGGUAUACAAAGGGUUUUUCCAAUAGGAGAUAAACUGUGGGAUUUUACUAACAAAACUCAUGUGAUGGGUAUACUUAAUCUUACCCCUGACAGCUUUAGUGAUGGUGGACAAUUUCAGUCAGUAGAUUCUGCAGUUUCUCGGGUUCGUUCAAUGAUCUCUGAGGGCGCAGAUAUAAUUGAUAUCGGAGCACAGUCCACACGACCAAUGGCAUCGAGGAUUUCCAGUCAAGAAGAGUUAGAUAGACUACUACCAGUUUUAGAGGCUGUCCGUGGUAUGCCAGAGAUGGAGGAAAAGCUCAUAUCCGUGGACACUUUCAACUCUGAGGUUGCUUCAGAAGCAAUAAGCAAUGGAGCUGACAUUCUAAAUGAUGUAUCUGCGGGAAGUUUAGACCCGAAUAUGCGUAAGGUUGUUGCAGAAUCUGGGGUUCCUUAUAUGGCCAUGCACAUGAGAGGAGAUCCAUGUACAAUGCAGAACAAAGAGAAUUUGCAGUACAAUGAUGUCUGCAAGGAUGUUGCUUCUGAACUCUACAUGCGAAUAAGAGAUGCAGAACUUUCGGGGAUUCCAGCUUGGAGGGUUAUGAUUGACCCUGGAGUUGGGUUUUCGAAGAAAGUAGAUCAUAAUCUAGAUAUUAUCAUGGAUCUGCCAAAAAUUAGAGAAGAGAUGGUUAAGAGAAGCAUAGCAGUGUCUCAUGCGCCUAUACUCAUAGGACCUUCGAGGAAGAGAUUUUUGGGAGAUAUUUGUGGGCGUCCUGAGGCCACUGACAGAGAUGCUGCAACUGUUGCUUCUGUUACUGCAGGCAUUUUAGGAGGUGCCAAUAUCAUUAGAGUUCAUAAUGUUAGAGAUAACGCAGACGCAGCAAAGGUAUGCGAUGCAAUGAUGAGAAGAAGAAGGUCAAAAGGGUGA